AUGACUGUCUCGCUUCACUAUAUAUGCUGUCCCACUUCACCUGAAUACUCCGACUGAGUGAAAGAGGGUACCAUGCUAUGUUUAAAGGUGUUUAUCUUCUAUACAAAAACACAUUUAAAAAAUAAAAAUAAAUUCACACAUAGAUUCACACAAGAAGCAUUAAACCAAUUCAUAGAAACAUCACUGGUGCAAGUAAAAAACGUUUUUGACAGUCCCCUACUGAAUUUACCAAAAAGUGUCCCACAUUUGCUGAAUCCACCCUAUGUAUUAAAUUACAUUUUUUUCAUUUGGACAGACAUACAUUUUAAUAGGUAACCACGUUCAGUCCUCAAGAAUAAAAAUGAAACAAAAAUACGUUAGCGUUUGAGGUGGUCGAUAUACGUCCUCCCUUGAGCCCUGCCUGGACUGUUGUUCCCCAGCUCUCAAUAAACAAACAAGUAGUUGCUCAACCAGUUAUUGUGCUAGUUUCGUUUUACAUUACAUUACAUUAAAUUACAGACAUUUGGCAGACGCUCUUAUCCAGAGCGACGUACAACAAAGUGUAUAACCAUAACCAGAAACAAGUGUGUCGAAAACCCUAGAGAGAAAUACCGUUCCAAGUGCAGGCAACAACCACAUAAUUCAACUUGGUUUUCUGCUCACAAUAAUACUGGAAUCGAAACUGAUGCGUGAAUUGUGACUCGUUAUAUUUUAAAUGGAAACCCAACUGACGUCUCAUGGCAACGGAAUGGCAAACGUGUCAAUGUCAAUGUCAAUAGGUUUUAAGAUGUGUUAUGACAACACCGGGGUAUAAAUAAUCAGGACUACGCUUAAAAAAUUCAACAGGAGCUAGCAGACACAUUUCUCUGACCUGACAAAACUGCUGGAACUGCAGAAACCAUGGGUGUUCGUGGACUCCUAGGUUACAUGGAAGAAAACAGGAAGCAGUUUUUUAAGGACCUGAAGCUAAAAAACACAACACUUAUAAUUGACGGAUGCAACUUUUACUUCAACCUGUACUUCUCCUCACCCUUGGACCAGCAGCAUGGGGGAGACUAUGAUGCCUUUGCCAAACUCAUUCGAGAAUUCUUUAAGGUUCUUUCCACCUGCAACAUAAAACCCAUUGUCUUGCUGGAUGGGGGAGUUGAUUACACCAACAAGAAAUUUCAAACACGACAACAGCGAGCCCAGAACAACAUCGAGAAGGCUGUUGAUCUGUCACAUGGGUUAGGAAAGUCGCUCUUGCCACUCCUCACCAAAGAGGUGUUCAAAGAGGUGCUGCACAGCCUUCAUGUCCCCUUCAUCCAGUGUGUAAAUGAGGCUGAUUGGGAGAUCGCCUGCUUGGCCAGCGAGUGGAACUACCCAGUGCUAUCUGCGGACAGCGACUUCUUUGUCUUCGACUUGAAGGGUGGGUACCUCCCCUUCCAGUUGUUCCAGUGGUGCAACAUUCGCGAGUGCCCAGAGACCUCAGAAAGGUACAUUCCAGCCUCGUGUUUCUCCAUCGACAACUUCUGCGCCCGCUUCAAUAAGAUGAACAAAGAGCUGCUCCCUCUCUUUGCGGUGAUGGCUGGCAAUGACUUCACCAACCUGGGGGACAUGAGGACAUUUUUCAGCCGGGUCAACGUCCAGGGGUCCGGCCACUCUGCGCAUGGCAGGACGAGGGCCCAAAUUGACGUCCUGCUCUGUUGGCUGUCCAAGUUCCCUGGGCCGGAGCAAGCUUUGGACGCGGUCGUACAGGUUCUCUGGGACAGUGCUCAGGACAGCAUCCGACCCCAGCUGUCCUCUGGGAUGCAAGAGUACAGACUCUCCCCCAGCAACCUCCCACAGUACUUCACACACGGAGAAAUGGUGCCCAAUCUCCCAGAGCCUCUCAGAGACUUGCCUAAUUGGGUCCUGGUUGGCCUGCUCAGCGGCGACUUGCCCUCCAUCAUCCUCGAAGUGCUGGCGGUGCAGAUGACCAUGAUGCGAACGCAGGUGGAGGACCCCCAGCGUCCCAGCAGCCACACGGCCUCCCUGCCAAUCCGCAAGGUCCUGUACGGGCUGCUGCUGCAUGGCAAAAGCAUGCCUCUCCAGGAGCCGUGCACAAAGAAGAAAAAGAUCGCUCACCAAAACGAGGGCAGCCCACAUUACCAUGUGCGGGAGUUUGACAGGGAGGGUCUCAACUUGAAGGAAUUCCAUGUUCAGCCUGACCUCCCAAGUGGCAUCCAGCACCUGCCUCUGAAGACACUGAAUGAGGUGCCUCUUCCUGAUCGACUCCAGGUUCUCCUGAAGACUCUGAAAGUGGAUGAGUCCAUCGCCAAUGCCGUUCUCCCUCACCUCAGCUUACCUGUUUGCGUUACCUGCUACUGGCUAAACUGCUCCGAGCCCAAACCUGACCUGCAUAUUGUCCAGGCCCUGCUGCUGGGCAUCGUGUAUGGAGAGCUCUGCAGAACUCAAGGGCCAGAGGCUGGGGAUCCGGAUUUGCAGGCCGUCUGCGAUAGGCUGGGCAGGCUACGGGUUGCAGUGCGCGAGAGGAAAGAGUUAGACCUGAAGGUGGCCCAUGCUUACAGCCAGUGGCAGUCCUGCCUGUGGAUGAGCUUCUACCUGAACCAGCUGCUCCAAUGUCCACUCCCAGAGCCAGAGUGUGCCUGGUUGUACAGCGGGACGUUCGCGCACGGUGCCGUGAAGAAGCUGAGGACGGGUAUUAUCCCCGAGGUCCUGCUGGGAGGAGCCGGCGUUCCCGCGAGGCUCUACGAGACCAUCCAGUGGGCCGUGCAGCGUUCCGUGGGCACUGACUUCUUCACCCCGCCUUCCAGGAGGCAAAAUAUUGGGGCUGGAGCCGCUGUUGAAGAUAAGUAGGCAACACUCACUUCGCAUUUUUGAUGCGUACUGAUGUUGCAGUCUUACGAGGAGACUGCCGUAAAAAUUGUGUCAUUCCAUUAUUAAUUACAGCUCAGGAAUUGCUUGCCCAUUUGCACUGUACCUAAAAAUACAUUGUAACAGCAUAGCUGGGAAGUUUUUACUUUUGCAAUAUAUUCAAAUAUCCUUCUUUUUAA